UGUGCUCGUUUUGAUCCCGAAGGACGACAAUGGUGGCGUAUUUGUGGAUCUAUUUCUUUCGGAUGGCUGUGCUGCGCCUUUCUCUGCCUCGCUCCUGUGAUAGCCGCCAUCUUGAAUUUUAAUGUUAAUUUCUAAAAAAAAAUGUGUUUCCUGUGAUAUUUUCAUUUAGGGUGUCGUGCCAAACUUGGAUUGUUGUAAGGACUCACGUUUUAUGUCGUGUUCUUUUUUUUUGUUUCCGAAGAAAAGUGUAGUGAGUAUUUUGUUUGUUUUGUUUUACUUCUCGAGCCAAGACAUUUGCCACUUUCCAACGCGUGAGAACGCUCUCAUCUUAAUGUUAUACAUCAUGGUUCCAAACUUGAGACCCCAGUCUUCCCCACUCAAGAGUGUUCCUUCAACUAGGAGACUAAAUGCAACUGGACCAGGGGGCUUGUGGGCAUGAAGUGGCUGGGCGAAUCCAAGAACAUGGUAUUAAAUGGCAGACGACACGGAAGCAAGUUUACCAGUGAGCAGCCUGUGAGCCAGAGCCACGCUCGCUCUCGGCAUCCACAGCGGGCAUCCCUGCGCCCCAGCAAAAACCACCCCAGUAGCCGAAGAUGUAGUCGUAGGUUCGCUGCGGCCAGCCUGGAGGCGGAGAGGCGUUAUGUGCCCUCCUCGGGAAUGACCGCCAAAGAAUUGUGUGAGAAUGAUGAUCUGACCACAAGCCUCAUCCUAGACCCAUACCUGGGCUUUCAAACUCACAAAAUGAACACCAGAUUUCGACCAAUCAAGGGAAGGCAAGAGGAGCUGAAGGACAUCAUUGAGCGCUUCAAGAAACACGACAACUUGGAGAAAGCCUUCAGAGCCUUGACAUCAGGAGACUGGUCCCGACAUCAUUUUCUCCAUAAGACAAAAGCCCAGGAGAAGCUCUUCAAACAACAUGUAUUUGUCUAUCUCCGGAUGUUUGCCACUGACAGCGGGUUUGAGAUUCUCCCCUGUAACCGCUAUUCAUCAGAACAAAAUGGAGCUAAAAUUGUGGCAACAAAGGAAUGGAAGCGGAAUGACAAAAUUGAAUACCUGGUGGGAUGCAUUGCUGAGCUUUCAGAGAGUGAGGAAAACCUGCUGCUUCGGCAUGGGGAGAAUGACUUCAGUGUCAUGUAUUCCACCCGCAAGAACUGUGCUCAGCUGUGGCUGGGGCCUGCUGCCUUCAUCAAUCAUGAUUGCCGGCCCAAUUGCAAGUUUGUAUCGACAGGACGAGACACAGCUUGUGUCAAGGUUUUGAGGGACAUUGAACCAGGAGAGGAAAUCUCCUGUUACUAUGGAGAUGGCUUUUUCGGGGAAAACAAUGAAUUUUGUGAAUGCUAUACAUGCGAACGACGUGGCACUGGUGCUUUCAAAUCCAAAGCUGGGCUGCCAGUGGAAGUACCAGUAAUCAACAGCAAGUACGGGUUACGGGAGACAGACAAGCGUCUCAACAGGCUGAAGAAACUAGGGGAAGGGAGCCGAAGCUCGGAUAGUCACUCUGUUGGCUCCCAUACCGACAUAGACUCUCAGGAAAUGCCAAAAACACAUCCAUCUGUAAGAAAAAGAACUUCGCCUGGCAUCAAGUUCAGUAAAACCAGGACUCAAACCAGACAGACUCUUUCGAGAGCUCUUACCUCUACCUCACCUUCUAAACAAGGUCAUAUAAACAAUAACAGGGUACCAAAGAGACUAAAAUCCCAAUCCAAGCCUUCACUAAGUAAAGUCCAGUUGCGGAGUCGCAGGAGGGGUGCAGAGCCUAAAGCGUUGGCUAAAGGAGAGGCUUGCCGGCUGGGUCUCAGGGAGUCAAAGGUGUCGCUGUGUAAAGGUGUAACUGUCAAGAAGGAGAAGGAUACACAAGGACCCGUGCAGCAGACACUAGGCCAGCGGGGCUGCCUGACCCGCCAUGCGGCCAAGGAAAACAGCAAUCUGCCAGGUGUGCAAGGCUGUGAGGGUAGCCAGUCUUCGACUUACAGAACUCGCAGGUCCACUAGGACCCUUGUUAAAGCCCAGGAAACUGCAGCUGGAAUUAAGCUGGAGCCUAGCGCUCUGGACGGCUUAAGCCCAGUCCCUGGUGGGGUGGUCAUUAAAACAGAGCCAGCCGACAUGGAGGAGUAUCUUCACCACGGGUUAGGACUGGAGCAGCCUGUGCUAGACACUGCCUAUGGCAGGAGAGGAUCCUGCACCAGGCGCAAACGGAUGACACGGCUCAGGCCUGAGAGGACAAUUAAAUGUGAGGACUCGUAUGGUGAUCCGUUCAUGCCAGUGACAGCUGCUGGCCACACUGCUAACUUUACAGACUGUGGUAAUAUGCUAUUGGGCUUCUCCGACCGACACAGGGACUACAACGGGGUCGCCAAUGGCAGCAAAUCCCUCCGCAGGGACAAGGGUAAGAGUAGCUGCCGGUCUCAAGGCAAGGGGAAGAAGAAGCGUCAGAUCACACGCUAUGAUGCACAGCUGAUCCUGGAGAACAGCACAGGCAUCCCCAAGCUAACGCUCCGCCGGCGGAGGGACAGCAGCAGUAGCAAAACCAAUGACCCCAACGAUGCCAUUGGCUCCUGCAGCAUGUCGGCCUCCACAGUCAACUCGGCCUCCUCCAGCAAGAUCAGCAUCAAGUUCAGCAAGGACCACGAUAAGGACAAGGGCAGCUCAUAUGUGGCCAAACUGAACAAUGGCUUUGCCCCUGUGGUCCACAAUAACUCCACCAAGCUGAAGAUCCAGCUGAAGAGAGAGGAUGAUCCACGGAGAAUAUCCCAGUCAAAGGCGGACCAGAUCUCCUACAAUGGGGACAUGGGUCAGAGUCUGGAGGCCAGGAAUGGUGGGCACCGGACCCAAAAGGCCAUGGCAGACUCUUCAUCUGAGGAGGACAAUGAUGAAGAAGGGGAGGAUGACGAUGACUACUUUGACAAUGAGUUUGAAGACGAUUUCAUUCCACUCCCUCCAGCAAAGCGCCUUCGACUCAUUGUGGGCAAAGACUCCAUAGACAUCGAUAUCUCCUCCAGGAGGAGAGAGGAUCAGUCCCUGAGGCUCAAUGCAUAAGCUGUGGAGCUCAUCACUCCACCUUUUCCUGUAAAUAAAGAUGACUCACUAAUCAACUGUUGUGUUGAUGUAAAAGAAGUACAGUAAUUUAAAAACAAAGUUGCUGAAAAAUUAAGAAUCUAAAUGAACAUUAUUAAAGGGGCUUUUAGCCUAAAACAAAUCUCUGUUAUUCACCUAAGUUGUGUUCAGCAGGUUUCUAGCAUAAUUUGAGUUCUUAAUACAAAUGACAUAGAAUCAGACAGGCAAAGGUUUACCCAUAUAGUCCAUUUCUAUGGCAUAGUUACAUGCAUAUACUAUGCUUAACAUAAGCUACAGAAAUUUGCUAGGUAUCCCCUUCAUAUAGAUUUCUCUGAUUAUUGUUGCAGCACCCUUCCAAGUGAAAAACGAGAGAAUUUGUUUUAAGUUAAAUUAUUCCUUUGAGUGAAUGCACUUGUUGUUAUAUUCAUAAUGGACAUGGAUAUUGUAGAAAGUGUACAGUAUGGUGACUAUCCCCUCUGUCUCAUAGGCAGACUUUUAUCAGACUUUUGAUUUUUGUCUCAUAGUUUCUAAUUUGUGUGGCAAACCAUACUUAAUGUAUGGAAUGGUUGUUCCAGAGACGUUCUGAUGAGAUCAGUCAGUUCAAUUGGUUAGACGAAGUGCCAUGUUCUCAUUAUCACAGUAGAUUCACAGCAAAUAAUCUCUUAAAUUUCAAUGAUUCCUUAAUUAUCAACGUUUACUGUGUUGGUGCUCCAUAUGAUUCUGGUAGAGCUCAAACACAAGAAAGAUGUUAAAACUCUGUCAAAAUCUGUUUCUUCCUGAGUUCAUGCACCUGAGAAGCACAGGGGGGUGUUCUAGUAGAUAAGUUAAUUUCAGGUCUGUCAUCGAUGGAAAACAUCAAAGAAGGUGUAAUGCAAAGGAAUGAAAUCAAGCAAUUUUGUUUUGGGGGAUUCGGCUCUCAACUGCGAUUUCGGUGCAUUGUAAUGAAAUUAAGUUACUAAUUUAGCUCGAGAAUUUCAAUAUGUCAAAGCACAUUUUCUAAUAAAGCCGAGGCAAAGAAUUGAUAGGGAGUAAAUGGACCGAUGUUUGAGUUACUGGCUCUCAGUAUUAGAGCUACUGAAUAAUGGCAACAUGGCACACAAGAUAGUUUGAGACUUUAAUAAUAAUCAUGCUAGUAGGUAACUCAAAAUCAAAGCAAAUGCAUUAUUAAAGGUUGCCUGUAUAAAUCUGUAAUCAUGAAAUUUUAAAAGUAAUGUACAGAAAGACUGGCUUAUGUCCCUCAGUAGAGUGAGAUUUAUUUUCUUUCAAGUCCAGUCUCACAGUUUGUUUUUGUUUUUGUUUUUUUUCCAAAAAUUUUGCAGUAAUGCAAGUGGCGGCCAUUGACACUGGAGGUGAAAAAAAAAAGAAAAAAACAUGUUUUCUCUGAAAUUUACACACUAGCUUAUAAUUGUAUAUGUUUUCCCUUUUUGGUGCUAUUUCUUUUUACCAUCUGUUUUCCAGGCUGUUUGUUCUACACAAUAGCUCUAACUUGUAGUUGAUAGAUUGCGGCAACAUUGAAUCUAAAAGGCUGAAAAUUUUUGAAACCAGACCUUUCGACACCAGUAACACCAGUUUUAUUUAUGUCCUAUCUGUAGCCUACUGUAGCUUUUUGUUAACAGGACAUCUGCAUUCAGUUUUUAAUUUGUUUUGAUUUGCUAAAUCAUGUGGGAAAUUGUCCAUCCGACAGCAUUAGGUGCCUUAACAAAGAGCUUUUUCAACACAUUUUAGACCAAAUUUGUGACAUGACUUAUUAAUCAAGAGUGAUAAUACUAAGCCAUCUUUUCCCUCCUUGAAAUAUCACAACACUUUUCAAGGUCCAUCGUCAGUCCUUCUGUAUAUUAUUUUUGUUGUAGUCUGGAUGUAAUGAACUGCCCAAUAGAUCAAGGGAUCAACUGAGAUGAAUGUUAACCCACUUUUUUCUGUUCAUAUGUACUGUUCAUAUCACCAGCAGCUAAUCACAGUUCUGAACCUGGCGAAACCUGUCCUUUUCCUUCUGUGGACGUCUCCAUUCUACACUGUAUACUGUUCCAGGUGUACCGUCUGUGUGGUCUUUGUCCAAUAGACAGCUGUCAGAAUUUCCAGUUGAGUUUAAAAAAAAAAAAAAAAUCAAACACAAAAAAAAACAAAUGUGAAUAGUUUGCGGACAUUUAGCGUGUUGCGUGGGUAGUGGGAAACAUGUAAAGAGAAUUAAAAAUGGGCAGUGCUUAUAUUGUCCAAUAUGUAAAUCAUGUGAACACAUCUUGUACUUAUUUAACAGUUUUGAAUACUUGAAAACUAUAUAAAAUUUCUUUGUGA